GGAAGUGACGAUAGCGGAAAUACAAGGGACGGUCAGAGAAGUUCGGAGAACACCGAGCUUAAGCGUUCUUCGCGUGCUUGAGAGACAAGUAGGGGGCAAAGAUGUCGGAGCGAAAAGUUUUAAACAAAUACUACCCGCCCGACUUUGACCCGUCAAAGAUCCCCAAACUCAAGCUCCCCAAGGAUCGGCAGUACGUGGUGCGGCUGAUGGCUCCCUUCAACAUGAGGUGUAAGACGUGCGGAGAGUACAUCUACAAGGGCAAGAAGUUCAAUGCGCGCAAGGAGACGGUGCAGAAUGAGGCCUACCUGGGCCUGCCCAUCUUCCGCUUCUACAUCAAGUGCACGCGGUGCCUGGCAGAGAUCACCUUCAAGACGGACCCCGAGAACACCGACUACACCAUGGAGCACGGAGCCACACGGAACUUCCAGGCGGAAAAGCUCCUGGAGGAGGAGGAGAAGAGGGUACAGAAGGAGCGGGAGGACGAGGAGCUCAACAACCCCAUGAAGGUGCUGGAGAACCGGACCAAGGACUCGAAGCUGGAGAUGGAGGUUCUGGAGAACCUGCAGGAGCUCAAGGACCUGAACCAGCGGCAGGCCCACGUGGACUUCGAGGCCAUGCUGCGGCAGCACCGGCUGUCGGAGGACGAGCGGCAGAAGCAGGAACAAGAGGAGGACGAGCGGGAGACAGCGGCCCUGGUGGAGGAGGCGCGCAGACGCCGGCUGCUGGAGGACUCUGACUCGGAGGAGGAGGCAGCGGCUCCUGCCCCACCGCGGCUGGCCCUCCGGCCCAGGCCCACCGCCAUCCUGGAGGAGGCCCCAAAAGCCAAGAGGAAGGCGGAAAGCUGGGAACGGAGUGUCGGCACCCUUGACAGCAGGCCCCAGCUGUCGGGCCUAGUCGUGGUGAAGAAAACAGACCUGGGUUGCAGCACCCGGCAGGGCCUGGCUUCGCCCACCUCGCAGGGUCAAGGUCCCGCGUCCAGAGCACCAGCCAGAGCCACGCAUGACUGGACGAACCCAGAGGUCCUCUGCGGCAGGCAGGGCCAGCAAGGGCUUCGACCAAGGGACUCGGUUUCUGUCCUCUCCCCCCACCUGCCGGACCUUGGGGACCCCAGCUGACACUGCCGCCCUCCUGGCCCUCCGUUUGGGGCCGUGGCAUCCCUGGGAGAGCUCCCGGCUCCCGGCAGGCCUCUCUGGUCCUCACAACGUGGCUAAUCCGGCCUCUUGGCUCUGGGAAGCUGAGAGACGGUAAAGGUCCAUUGAU